UGGUGUAUUAUAUUACAUAUAAUGUAUAAUGUGCUUAGUCACCGAUCCACUGUUGUCAACUACGCUCGGUGGAGCGGACGUACAAACAUUUGACAGACGUCUAGUCACAGGUGUGGAACCCAGUGGAAAUGAAGGAGUAAUCGUGGAAGCGACUGUACAGAGAUCCACUUUUUACCUUGCGGUCUUACAGACAUAUUUUCCCGAGAGACUGUUGACGCAAUUACGCCAUAUCUAGAUGAACAAUGAAACAGCAAACGUACAAAGAUGAGUGGACCACUUUGCACAUUGCAGCCUGGAAAAACAAUGUAGAUGUUGUUCGUUUCCUGCUGGAGAAGGGUGCUGAUGUCAAUGACCAGAAAAAAUAUGGGUGUACCCCUUUGCACAUUGCAGCCUGGAAAAACAAUGUAGAUGUUGUUGGUUUCCUGCUGGAGAAGGGUGCUGAUGUCAGUGUACAAGAUAAGGAUGGGUGGACCUCUUUGCUCUAUGCAGCUGGGAAAAACAAUGUAGAUGUUGUUUGUUUGCUGCUGGAGAAGGGUGCUGAUAUCAAUGUACAGAAUGAGUAUGGGUGGACCCCUUUGCACAUUGCAGCUGGGGAAAACAAUGAAGAUGUUGUUCGUUUCCUGCUGGAGAAGGGUGCUGAUGUCAGUGCACAAAAUAAGGACGGGUGGACGGCUUUGAGCAUGGCGUCAGCAUUAAACCAUGUGCGCAUUGUUCUUUUGCUGACACAGAAGGAUGAGGACGCCAGUGUACAGGAUAAGAGAGGCCAGAUGUCUUUGCGCAAUGCAGUAAUGAACAAUGAUAUAGAGAGUGUUCGUCUACUGGUGAAGAAAGGAGUCAGUCUCACAGCCCCGGAUCAGGAGGGAGAAACGGCUGUUCAUUGGGCAGUGCGAAAAAAUGAUGUGAAUCUUGUCCGUCAGAUUGUGGAUCUGGGCGGAGACAUCAACAUUCAGAAUAAGGAUGGGAAGACCCCUUUGCUUUUAGCAUCGAGGGCAAAUAAUUUGGAUCUUGUUCGUUUGUUGUUAGAGAGGGGCCCUGAUGUCAAUGUACAGAAUGAGGAAGGAGAAACGGCUGCUCAUUGGGCAGUGCGUAAAAAUAAUGUGGAUCUUGUCCGUCAGAUUGUGGAUCUGGACGGUGACAUCAACAUUCAGAAUAAGGAUGGAAAGACGCCUUUGCUUUUAGCACUGAGGGCAAAUAAUCCUGAUCUUGUUCGUCUGUUGGUAGAGAGAGGCGCUGAUGUCAGUGUACAGAAUGAGGAAGGAGAGACGGUUUUGUUUUGGGCGGUAAGGAAAGAUGAUAUGGACCUUGUUCGUUUGCUGAUAAAUCACGGAGCCAAUGUCAACUUACAGAAUAGGGAUGGAAAGACGCCUUUGCUUUUUGCACUGAGGGCAAAUAAUCUGGAUCUUGUUCGUCUGUUGGUAGAGAGAGGCGCUGAUGUCAAUGUACAGAAUGAGGAUGAAAAGACGCCUUUGCUUUUAGCCCUGAGGGCCAAUAAUCUGGAUCUUGUUUGUCUGUUGGUAGAGAGAGGCGCUGAUGUCAGUGUACAGAAUGAGGAAGGAGAGACGGUUUUGUUUUGGGCGGUGAGGUCAGAUAAUAUGGAGCUUGUUUGUCUGCUGAUAAAGCACCGAGCCAAUGUCAACGUACGGAAUAAGGAUGGAAAGACGCCUUUGCUUUUUGCACUGAGGGCAAAUAAUCUGGAUCUUGUUCGUCUGUUGGUAGAGAGAGGCGCUGAUGUCAAUGUACAGAAUGAGGAUGGAAAGACGCCUUUGCUUUUAGCCCUGAGGGCCAAUAAUCUGGAUCUUGUUCGUCUGUUGGUAGAGAGAGGCGCUGAUGUCAGUGUACAGAAUGAGGAUGGAAAGACGCCUUUGCUUUUUGCACUGAGGGCAAAUAAUCUGGAUCUUGUUCGUCUGUUGGUAGAGAGAGGCGCUGAUGUCAAUGUACAGAAUGAGGAUGGAAGGACGCCUUUGCUUUUAGCCCUGGGGGCAAAUAAUCUGGAUCUUGUUCGUCUGUUGGUAGAGAGAGACGCUGACGUCAAUAUACAGAAUAAGGAAGGAGAGACAGCGUUGUUUUGGGCAGUGAGGACAGAUGAUAUGGACCUUGUUCGUCUGCUGAUAAAUCACGGAGCCAAUGUCAACGUACAGAAUAAGGAUGGAGUGGCGCCCUUAGAUCUGGCACUGAAGAACUAUGAUGUGGAACUCGUUCGUCUAUUGGUGAAGAAUGGGGCCACGGGUAAUGCUCAGAAUGAGAUUGAUAUCACCUCAACGGAAAUUUCAUACUCCAAGUAUGGAGCUGUAGCAGUUGGUCUGGUCUGUGUUUGGGUGUUCCUUGUGUGUCUUUUACACAGCACUAGUUCUUUAACAGUUUUGGUAAACCCCAGAGUUGACAUUCAGCUUCCUAAGCCUGACGUUACUUUGCCAUGCAACAUUACAACAGAAAACCCCAAUGCCAAAUACACGGUGAUAUGGCGCUGUCAGCGGCUGAACGGCGACAGAUUACUCAGUGGUCUAUCAAGCGGUCAAACCUACACAGUCGCAGAGUUUAAUGACACGGCUUUCCUGGGAGACGAAUGUUCCUUGGUUCUCCGUGACCCUAAACCAGAAUAUAGCGACAACUACUCCGUUACUGUUGUUGUACCCGAGGAACAAGCCUUGGUUGAGGCUCAAGUUUGCCUGAAUGUUUGGCCUCCAGUGUCGGUGACUCCUCAAAUGAAAACAGUGAACGGCACCGAUAAUGACAAAGUGACAAGACCAUAUCCUUCAUAUAGAGACUCAGAAGAGAUCAAGCCAUGGUGGGUCAUUGUUCCAGUGUUCAGUGUGCUCGUGGUGGUUUGUUUACUGUAG